GGCUUUUCCCUUAAAAAAAGGGUGGGNACCAAUAAACAACUUACCUUUUGCAGGUUCACUGCCUGGGUGAGGAGAUAGGAGCCGAAGUCUGGGAACACCUCCUUCUUUUGAUUCGUUGUCCCUUUUUGGCGCUUUCAGCUACCAUUGGAAAUCCAAAUCAUCUUCGAGAGUAAGAUCUAUACAGAUCUAUUCACCUUUCUAAGCUUUGAGUAGUCUCCCUCGCAGCCGUUAUUAGGGUCGUCACUCGUCACGCAACGCUCCUCCUCACUAACUAGUAGGGAGAAGCGUUGCGUGACGAGUGACGACCCUAAUAACGGCUGCGAAGGAGACUAAGCUUUGAGCGGAACAGGUUGUUUAUAGAAUAGUGGAAUGUGACUUUAGCAAGUUAUUUGAAUGAAUGAGGUUGCAUUGUAUGUGUUUCUUCUUGCAGCUGGUUGCAAGCUGCCCAAAAUUUUCGUGAGCAACAAGACAAACAAGAGGGUGACAACUUGAGGGAAUCAUAUCGUGUCAAUUUGGGUAAGUUUAUAAUCGGCAAAUACGUGAAUACCACAAUUAUUUCUCCAAUUACUUCUUGAUGUUUGCAUUCUUUUAUCCUCAAUUAUCAAAUAUGGACAAUGAUAGUGUAUAAAUGGAGUCGGUACAUGCAAAGUUUGCAAAUCAGCAAUAUCUCCCUUUUUUUUGAUACUCUGGCUUCACAAACCUUUAGUACAAGAGAGAGGUUGCGAUUUCGAUUCUCUGCUGGAUCCUCACUUACGGUCUUAACAUAAACUAAAAGUGAAAGUACUCUGUUGCUCUGCAAAUCGGAUAAACCAUAUAGAAUGUCAAUUGUUAUUUUGUGCUAAACACAUUCACAUUUUAGUGAGGUAUUUUUGUUGCUUGCCAGAGUGGUGGGGAGAACAGACAGAUCGCCGCAUGUAAGGGAAUCCGAUACAAUCUUUGAUUCUGGAUUCCAGUCACUAGGAUCCAGAUUCUUGUCUUUGGAACUUGGAUUCCGGAUUCCUUAAGCUGCAUUCCGGAUUCCAAAGUCCAGGAUUCCAGAUUUCAAAAGCAAACAUUCCUCUGAUUCUGGAAUCCAAAUUCCCUUUCAUGAGGCGAGACAGUUUUUUUUUCUCGUGUGUCUCUUCCUUACUCAGAUAAAUUGGUGUCCCUUAAGUCCAACCUCUCCCUUCUUUAUUACUAUCGCUAUUCUUUUAUCUAAAGGUGCAUUCAACCCCCAACUAAGAAUCGUACAACCCAAUUACUUACUCUCGGUGAGUAUUUUCCUACCACCACUAUACUUAUCCUUGGUUUUUGUCACUGCUCUCCACAUUUUUUUUUUCUGCACUUCCGACGCGUCGACUAGUCACAUGCGAGGAAAGGUAUUCAGAUCUGGAGAAGAGUAUUUACCUACCAAGUCCCAGUAAUGGUGGCUUUUCAAAACGAACAAGGAAAUAUGAGAAAGAGUAUGACGUUCAGAGUACAGACGAAUUUGUCGGACUUCAUCCGUGCGCUCAACUUGUAACGAAACAGGUUUGUCUUACACCUAUUGCAUUGGUUUACCGAUUUAGCUUGCUCACGUGGGAAAGUUUGAAAAAAAACUUGGGAAUCCUCAACCGCACAAAAAUAACCUUUCCAUAUAAUUGAUGCAUUGAAGCCUUUCCAAAUCCAGGGUUCGUACAGGCCAUGGAAAACCUGGAAAGUCAUAAAAAUUAACAAUGUCAUUUCCCAUGCCGAGAAAGUCAUAGAAUUUAAUUGUUGGUCCUGUAAAGUCAUGGAAAAUUUAAGAAAAAUAGGUGGACACCUGAAGUUGUUUUGAACUGCGUUAGUUAAGAAAUUCCCUAAAACAAGGAAAGUUUUGACAAUUUUCUCGCGUACAAAGCUAAAAUAAGGUCAUGAAAAACUUGAAAAGAUCAUGGAAAAAGUCAGGGAAAGUCAUGGAAUUUAAAGAGCUCAAGCGAGUGCGAGCCCCAGAAAAUCCAAUACCAGACAGCAAAACUACUCGCUUAUAGUCCCUGUCAACUGAUUUUUAGCAGUCUACUGUAAUUAAACCUUUACGAAGAAAAUGGUUCGGUGUUCAGUGAAAUAUGCAUCAAGUGGACACUCACUAUCAAAGAUUUAUCAAAGUUUGCUUCUUACUGGUGUGUGUGCUCUCUUGAAGCAAACGGUGUGCGAUCCAUGUGGGGUCUGUUUAAUACAUGUAGUUUUUUUUAUGUGUCCCCUCUCUCCUUCUACAGCUAAAAGAAAAUGGUUUUCCAGGUGAUAUGGCUCUCACGCCUAAAGAAUCUCUUCAGUUGUAUAACACCAUGGUUGAGAAAUGGUGUGGCAAAGAAUCAUUGCAGGUUAGCCGAUAAUGUGUUCGUUCGUAAGCAGACGAAGAAAUUUCAGUAUAUCAAAAUAUUGCAUAAAACCUGUUUCCAACUCUCAGUAAGGAUACGUUUUUUUUUCCGAUCAGUGCAGGGCUUGAUGUUGUGGUGAGAAAACACGUUUUAGCCCAGUUCUGUCCUCUUUUCUUUCACACAACCUAUGCUCAGAGAGCUAGAGAAAGAUACGUUUGAGAACUGUACUUGAACCGUUGACAAACAUCCUUAGCCUAACGCGCUAACAAAUGAACGGGAAACUCCCUUCUUGUUCUUAGCCGUAAAUUUCCGAAAUCCAACAUACAUUCUUCUUGGCUUACAGAUGACUGAUAAGUAGUUUUCGCCUUAAUUAUUACACAGUACUCUUUUCGAUAAAUUCCGGAAUAUAUUCACUAUAUAUUGAAUGAGGCCUUACAGCAAUGACCUUCUGGUUGCAAGCUGCCCAAAAUUUUCGUGAGCAACAAGACAAACAAGAGGGUGACAACUUGAGGGAAUCAUAUCGUGUCAAUUUGGGUAAGUUUAUAAUCGGCAAAUACGUGAAUACCACAAUUAUUUCUCAAAUUACUUCUUGAUGAUCGCAUUCUUUUAUCCUCAAUUAUCAAAUAUGGACAAUGAUAGUGUAUAAUUGGAGUCGGUACAUGCAAAGUUUGCAAAUCAGCAAUAUCUCCCUUUUUUUGAUACUCUGGCUUCACAAACCUUUAGUACAAGAGAGAGGUUGCGAUUUCGAUUCUCUGCGGGAUCCCCACUUACGGUCUUAACAUAAACUAAAAGUGAAAGUACUCUGUUGCUAUGCAAAUCGGAUAAACCAUAUAAAAAGUCAAUUGGUAUUUUGUGCUAAACACAUUCACAUUUUAGUGAGGUAUUUUUAUUGCUUGCCGGAGUGGUGAAGAGAACACACAGAUCGCCGCAUGUAAGGGAGUCCGGGAAAAUCUUUGAUUCUGGAUUCCAGUCACUAGGUUCCAGAUUCUUGUCUUUGGAACUUGGAUUCCGGAUUCUAAUCGUUACCGGGAUUCCGGAUUCCUUAAGCUGCAUUCCGGAUUCCAAAGCCCAGGGUUCCAGAUUUCAAAAGCAAAAAUUUCUCUGAUUCCGGAAUCCAAAUUCCCUUUCAUGGAACGAGACAGAGUUUUUUUUUCUCGUGUGUCUCUUCCUUACUCAGAUAAAUUGGUGUCCCUUAAGUCCAACCUCUCCCUUCUUUAUUACUAUCGCUAUUCUUUUAUCUAAAGGUGCAAUCAACCCCCAACUAAGAAUCGUACAACCCAAUUACUUACUCUCGGUGAGUAUUUUCCUACCACCACUAUACUUAUCCUUGGUUUUUGUCACUGCUCUUCACACUUUUUUUUCUGCACUUCCGACGCGUCGACUAGUCACAUGCGAGGAAAGGUAUUCAGAUCUGGAGAAGAGUAUUUACCUACCAAGUCCCAGUAAUGGUGGCUUUUCAAAACGAACAUGGAAAUACGAGAAAGAGUAUGACGUUCAGUGUACAGACGAAUUUGUCAGACUUCACCCGUGCGCUCAACUUGUAACGAAACAGGUUUGUCUUACACCUAUUGCAUUGGUUUACCGAUUUAGCUUGCUCACGUGGGAAAGUUUGAAAAAAAACCUGUGGAAUCCUCAACCGCACAAAAAUAACCUUUCCAUAUAAUUGAUGCAUUGAAGCCUUUCCAAAUCCAGGGUUCGUACAGGCCAUGGAAAACCUGGAAAGUCAUAAAAUUUAACAAUGUCAUUUCCCAUGCCGGGAAAGUCAUAGAAUUUAAUUGUUGGUCCUGUAAAGUCAUGGAAAAUUUAAGAAAAAUAGGUGGACGCCUGAAGUUGUUUUGAACUGCGUUAGUUCAGAAAUUCCCUAAAACAAGGAAAGUUUUGACAAUUUUCUAGCGUAAAAAGCUAAAAUAAGGUCAUGAAAAACUUGAAAAGAUCAUGGAAAAAGUCAGGGAAAGUCAUGGAAUUUAAAGAGCUCAAGAGAGUACGAGCCCCAGAAAAUCCAAUACCAGACAGCAAAACUACUCACUUAUAGACCCUGUCAACUGAUUUCUAGCGGUCUAGUGUAAUUAAACCUUUACGAAGAAAAUGGUUUGGUGUUCAGUGAAAUAUGCAUCAAGUGGACACUCAAUAUCAAAGAUUUAUGUAAAGAAAAGUUUGCUUCUUACUGGUGUGUGUGCUCUACUGAAGCAAACGGUGUCCGAUCCAUGUGGGGUCUGUUUAAUGCAUGUAGUUUUUUUUAUAUGUUCCCUCUCUCCUUCUACAGCUAAAAGAAAAUGGUUUUCCAGGUGAUAUGGCUCUCACGCCUAACGAAUCUCUUCAGUUGUAUAACACCAUGGUUGAGAAAUGGUGUGGCAAAGAAUCAUUGCAGGUUAGCCGAUAAUGUGUUCGUUCGUAAGCAGACGAAGAAAUUUCAGUAUAUCAUAAUAUUGCAUAAAACCUGUUUCCAACUCUCAGUAAGGAUACGUUUUUUUUUUCGAUCAGAGCAGGGCUUGAUGUUGUGGUGAGAAAACACGUUUUAGCCCAGUUCUGCCGACUUGGUUUCACACAACCUAUGCUCAGAGAGAACGAUAGGUUUGAGAACGGUACUUAAACCGUUGACAAACAUCCUUAGCCUAACGCGCUAACAAAUGAACGGGAAGCUCCCUUCUUGUUCCAGGCCGUAAAUUUCCGAAACCCAACAUACAUUCUUCUUGGCUUACAGAUGACUGAUAAGUAGUUUUCGCCUUAAUUAUUACACAGUACUCUUUUCGAUAAAUUCCGGAAUAUAUUCACUAUAUAUUGAAUGAGGCCUUACAGCAAUGACCUAAAAAUGCAACUACUUUUAUAACAGAAACUUUCUCCGGAGCAAUAUUUCUUGGAACAGUCUUUCAUUACCAAAAGCAAUGCAAGGCAGUAUGAGAGGGAGCUGAAAAAGGAGUUAAAAUCAUGGGCUGAUGAUAACCAAAUGGAAAAGGUAAAACAUCAAAUACACGGGAAUAAUGAUCAAGAAAUUUCUGGAUAGAGCGGUUUUCACUUGACUGUCGUAAAACCAAAACCAAAGUAAAUACACUAGCCAACCAAAGGGCGUAGUAAAACCAAAACCAAAACCAAAACCAAUCCCUUUCGACAGUCAAGUGAAAACCGCUCUAUGGAACACAGGCGUGGGAAUGAAUGCUGCUGAAAUUGAGCCUGGUUUCACUGAAGUUAGAUAGGAUUUAACCAUACGUUCAGUUAAUAAAUUUCCAAUAACUGAUUAACAAUUGCUUGAUAAGAGUUCAACGUGAAAAUUCUGUUAAGAGCAUUCAGUGAAUGCAGAUGUCACCUUAUGGGAAAACUGAGAAACACCAUGUGCUAACGCGCAAUUUAUCCUUUGGAUAAUGUGCGUGCACCUGUUUAAUUAGGGUACUUCUGAUCGUUUUAAUGCCUACAUAUUAACGCGUCUCUACUUGAUAGAGUAGAAUAUUUAUCCAUUCGCCUCGUACGGGAGAUGCAUGUUUGCUAACAUGACAAGCUUUUUUUCAUUUAGGUUGAGGCAGUAAUUCAGGCAUUGAACGACACUUUUGUGAAGAGAAAGGCCUUGAUUGACAAAGAGUGGAUGGAACUGGGAAUGCCUUCAUCUGGGAAAGAAUUUAACAUAAAAAACUUUCCAAAGCUCAUCGAGCAACUUAAAGCACAAGGAAAACUUCCAGCCUUAGUGUUCAGGUACACUUUUGCCUUUAUAGACAAAAAAGUGUUCAUAAGCAUACCUGAUCAAGAGUACCCGUGAGUCGUUUUCAACAACUAACAGGAAUUCAAUUUUCAAAAUAUAUGGGUGAACGCUUAACCUGGUUUUAUUGUUAGUUGAUACGUGUUCGUGUAUGACAUAAAAGGACAUUUUUUUUAUGUAUUGAUCCUAAUAGCUCUAUGAACUAGCCUAUACCACUGAGUAAAAAAGUACAUAUAGUAGAUUUUGACUGUCAAAGUUUUUCAUAAACCGAAUGGAAUACAGAAGACUGACAAGGGCAAAUACCCCGCUGUAGCCAAGGGAGAUGGGGGCAGCUGGAAUUGACUGAUGCAUAACUUAAGAGAAAAUCCAAAACGAGUCGCUUCUGUGAAUGCAAUGCUAAGUAAAACAAGGCAAGACGUAUGUCGGAAAGGCAAGGAUAUUGUGAAAAAGGACUGCAACGCAAGGGACAUCUAUUUAAGCUGACGCAAAGCAAAGCAGGGAAAAACAGGCCAAUCACAGAACCACUUUGAAAAAAGUGCCGUGUUUGCUGUGUUGUUAUUGGUUCGGUACACUCGGGUUCGGAAACACUUUAAGCGAAGAAAACGGACCCAACCAGGGAGCCACUUUGGUACAGUGCUGGUCAACUGUUGAUCCCCUUUGUAGGCGGACUAAUAAUCAGGGCAAUCUGAAGACUAGUGAGGAAGAGGGUUUUUCUCCUUUGCUUCCAAACAGCUAUAUCUUCAGUGACUCGGAUGACUACGUUUGAAUAGGCCAGUUUCGAAUUAUUAGAAUUCACUUGUACUUGACUUCGAGGCUUAGAAGAAGAAUAAAACAAUAGUAAGAAAUAGCAUGGAGAUCCAGGGAUUAAUAAUUCAUUUCUUUGUUUUAUUCCCCUCAGCCUCAGAGCCAAGUGUGAACUUUGAUAAUUUGAAACUGGCCCAUUGCGAUCUGUCUCCAGUAGGGAACGUAAAAUAGAAGAAAGCAGGCUUUUGUUACUAUUAUUACCUUUUUCAUGAUUAACGUAAUUUACAUAUAGUGUUCCCGGUUUUGUCAUUUUACAGCUUUGAUCGCAUGGAAUGCGAAAGAAUGGCCUUUGGACUUGCCGGCGAGUUCGUAAGAAGAGAAAGGCACAUUAGAGAACAAGACAACCCAAAAAAUGCAAAACUAGCAAGGGAACUAAAGCAACAUAAACAAGCUCAAAAGUUAUUGAAAAGGAAAAGAGAUGUUAUUGACAAAAUUAAGGAGGGCAGGUAAAACAUUGAAACUCACAUUUCAAUAAAAUUCAGUCAGUUGUUUUUCUUGUUUAAAAUUUACCUAUCUUCUCCGUAUAAAUCGAUAUAUUUGUAUAAGAUUUGGGUUUUUUCCUUUCCGCUUUUACUAAAACGGCUUUGAAUUUAUGUUCAUGACAGAUACCACUCACUCUUGGAGCAAGUAGCAGUUCCAGAAGUGAGGAAAAAGGAUUAUGCAAAUCUAAAUCAACCUCUACCGCAAUGCACGCUUGCAUUUACCCAUGGAAUUGGAAAUGAGGUAAUAAACAGCAGCAGACCAAGCAUGGCUAUCCGGUCCACUUGUGAGCGGUAUAACGGUCCUCUUUAGUAUACUUAUACACCGUAAGUUCAUAAAACAUCCCCAGAGUUUCCGUUUAGACGGUACUUCCAAAAAAGACUCCUUCCUCGCAGCAAAAAGUGGAUCUCAACUUUUCUUAACCUGGAACAACCUAAUGUGUGGCAGGACCGGUUUGAUUCAUGGGAGAUAAAAAAAAAACAAAAUCGUUCUUUAACUUGUUUGCAGCAUCAGUGUCGCAAAACAAGUUGCAGGUGUUUUACUGCCUCCGUAGCCUCAAUACUUACCACAGUUCAAGUUUUUAUAAGCUAUCUAAUCAUAGUUUCUGGUUUUUUUUCUUCCAGGACUUGAAGAAAAUUAUUGAAAGAAUUGAGAUGGGCAAAAGAAAAUCAAAGAGAAAGCAAAUUGUCAAAUUCAAAGCUGCUCUGACUCGUGGAAUUAGCUAUCAUCAUGCUGGGCUCGACUUUAAAAGGCGUUCUUGUGUCGAAAUGCUAUUCAGAGAAAAAUAUCUACAGGUCAGUGCAUUAAGUCCCAGUGCACUUAUUUAACCAAAUAAAACUCUUGGUUUCACUUGUGACGAAACAUAAAACAAUCAACCAAAAGGAAGGUCGCAAUGGGGUUAACGUCAGCCGUCGAAAGAGGGUCUCAAUGGGGUUAACCGAUAGGCGUAAAACGGCCAAAAAUUUAGUCGAUAGCCGUAAAAAUUGAAAAAUUUUAACCGUUAGCCGUAAAUAGAGUGAAAAAGAGUUAACCGUAAAAGAAACUGUUCCCUAGAUUUGCUACUUUUAAUGAAGGUACUAAAGUCACUUAUGGUUGCGUUUUUUUAUUUCCCGGCUAGUGUGACUCCGUACGCACGUUAGGCGCAGCGCCUUUUAGGUGUUGACCAAGACCUAGGCUCCAUUUCCGCCACUCUCUCGGGGAACUAUAAUUUUUUCCAUAGCGAAAGUGAGGCUUCUUGCUAAGGAUUAAUAUUUGUGAUUUUUAGGAGGUCGUGCCCUCGAAAGACUAGUGAAACAACACGCAGAGAUGUCACUGUUUGUAAAACAACAAUUCCCUGUUUUUCUCUGACGCUACGGCGUCUUCUCACGCAAUCUCGGUCAAGGCAUUUCGGUGGUGAACUCGCUCGGACCACGUGACCCGAAAUGCAUUAGCCGCCCGGAAUAAUGAGGCCUGCUAGUGGUGAUGGUGUCAUUGUUGUUCCUACAGUCCUUCGCUAUCAUUAAAAACACUGGACACGGGAAUUUUGUUAUUGGCCGUUUUCAAGCUAGAGCUAGAAAUGGAUUAUCUGUCUGAGACUAGCCUGUUUACAGUCGCCCUUCUCCGAUUUUUUCUGAGGGGAGGGGGCGGCUGUACACAGACUAUCUGGAACGGAUAAUCCCGUCUUCAAACUGUCCGUCGGAACUGACGGAUAAAGUCAGGUGGAUUGUUCAUUCAAAAUUAAAACUAUUACAGUUUCAAAUUAAUAAGUAUUACCUAUCUGACGCGAAUCAUCAAACGGAUAACCCGUCUCACACGAAUAAUCCGUCUCUGGUAUGAAAACGGCCAUUUCUGUUAUAAUGAAUGUCGCGCCCCGGCCUUGACUUGGGCAUUUGCGUGUCCGCUUUUGCUUUUUCACAAAGAUUAUUUUUAAAUUGACUAUUGACAUUUCUGUGUGUAAAAUAAUAUUAGAAGUGAAAUACUUUACAAAAAGUAUGAUCUAUCAAAUUUUAAAAUUUUUCAAAAGAAUAGCUUGUUUCAUCCCGAGAUGAUCCGAAGACCUUUAUUUUGAUUUGAAGAUACAAAAAAUGCAGGUUAAUUAAUAUUUAACUUUUUGAAACAAAAGAAGUUAAUUUUUAACUUUUUUGUUAACCGUAACUGAAAAAAAUUAACCGAUAGCCGUAAAAGAGCCAAAAUUUUAGCCGAUAACCGUAAAAGCCACCACCCCAUUGAGACCCUCUCGAAAAAGGUUAUUUUUUUACCAUCAACCGUCUAAAAUGCAGAAUAAUUUAAACCGUCAAAAAUUUUUAAGUUAUUUCAAAUGUCACUAUUUCAGCUGAUCUUCACGGACUUCUUGCUCCUGAAGAAUCUCUAAACUGGAAAAACCAUUUCCCAUGUUCUUUAAAACACUCCCUCUGUACGAAACAAGACCUCACUACUUGCUUACAACUCGAGAUUUCAUAAGUGAAAGGCCAAGACAACCUCCAGAACAUAGCGGAGCGGAGAUUCCCCGCACGAGUUUCCAUUGCUUUAGAUCGAUGCGAGAAAAUUUGGCUGUGACGAGAGCACACACCCGUACACCCUGCCCGUACAGUUGGUACGGGAGAGAGAGGGGAGAUUGUAAAGGAGGGGAAAGGAGUCCCCCCAGACAUGUAGCCUGCGUGGCCGGCGCAAACUCCCUUUCCCUUCCCUUUCAAACGCCUGCCACGCAGGCUACCAGACAUGCAACUUGGGUCAGUCUUGACGAAAGUGAGCCAGACUUUCACAAAUAAAUUAAGGCUCCAGGAUCAGUCAACAUUUUGACUGGUAAAUUCAUUCACUGAAGCCUUUGGCUAGUGUUCAUUUUGUUAAUAUGGCUUAUCAGCACUUGUCCUUUUAAAGGGACAGUGUCCCGAUUAUGCGCACGCGCGAGUGUCAUCUGUUUUUUCUCUAAUACCAAGAGAGGUGCUAACAGACAACAGAACUGUCAUAUUUACGCGACAAGAUUUCCCUUAGACCGUACCGCCGAUGGAGUUGUUGUUUAUCAUACUCAUGAGGAGCCAUAACCCGGAGCGAGCAACAGCCAUACUAGACCUAAGUUAUGGCGUUUUUACGGAACAGUUCAAUUUCAGGCACAUUUUAGGGCACUUUUUCUCACGAAAAUAGAAUCUCCACCAUUUCAAUGAGCGCAUUAGAAGUAUAAGAUAUCACAAAGGAAAACUAAACGUUAUUAAAAGGCAAAAAAUAUCAUUUUCAGGUUUGUGAGUUUGGUUGACUGGUUUUAUGGAAUUUAAAAGAUGUUUAGAAUUAGCGCCAAACCGUUCUAAAAAUUAAACUGGUACAUGAAAACGUCGUGACUCGAGCUCUUGGAAGAUGCUCGCUCCGGGUUGUGGGCUUCUCACUCAAGUAAUACUUCAGACUUUCGAAGAAGUCUUUCGUCUUAUCUAAAAUUUGGCUCGCGGCACGAAGACUUCUCAUGAUGCUGAAUGACCUGUAUCAACAUUGCAUGACAGGAAUGAUGCACUGUUCCGCCUGAGCCUACAACGUUUGCGGAACAACAAAUGUUGACCCGUGUACGUGCUACUGGCUUUUAACAGAAAUCUCGUUUUAUUUAUGGUAUAAUUGUAGUGCUGUUUCUUUAUUAUAGGUUGUCACUGCAACAGGUACCCUAGCCCUUGGUAUCCAUAUGCCUUGUAAGACGGUUGUGUUAGCUGGAGACUCGCCUUUUUUAAACUCCCUGCAGUACAGACAGGUAGCGACAAUUUUACCCACGAGUGGCGAAGUUGUUGAAAAAUCUUUGACAAAGUUCUCCUAAAUAUCUUUAAGAUGCUUUAAAGCUACCCUUGUCUCAAAUCUACUCUAGAGAAUGUACUGUAAGAUAAAGUGGAUUUUCUGCUUAGCAGAUUGAUUUAGGCACACAGCUCGGGGGUUCUAAACGUUGAUUCUCAGUGGGUUCGGUGGUUAAAAAUGGGUUCUUAAUUUGACCAUUAUCAUCCUGAUCGGCUGUUAUUUUUACGCAUGCGAUUGUAAAUAGCGAAUUGCAACUUCUUUGUACUAUCCCAGUGCAAGCUUGCACUGGGAUAGUACAAAGAAGUACAGUAAGCAUCUUUUAUAAAAAAAAAUCAAACCGUGUUAAACCAAACAGCUUUUUGGAAUAUUUGCCCGUUGUCGUGAAUGAGGCUUAAGUCUUUGUUUCUGCGACUUGAUGGAGAUCGUUUUUGACGCCAAAAAAUGGUUGACCAACAAAGACUUAACCUCAGUAAGGGUUCUCAAAAUCCAGUUAGAUAAGUAAACUAAGAGUUGCUUUGCACACAAACUCCUUCCUAGUCAAACCUGUGCCCCAAAUUAUAUUUUACAGAUGUCUGGUAGGGCAGGCCGCAGAGGGUUUGACCCAAUAGGCAACGUAGUGUUUUUUGGAAUUCCUUACCGGAAGGUUCAACGCCUCAUCACGGCUAAUAUACCCUGGCUUAUUGGCAAUUUCCCCAUCAACGUCUCUCUCGUACUGCGCUUGCUCCUGAUGACAUCAAAAGGAGAUGACGAGGAAGAUGCUCAAACUAAGGUUAGUGUAAUCCUUACCAAGCGCUGUGAUAUAAAAUAUCUGCAGGUACCAUCUUUUCAUCUGUUUAAUCCAUUCAGGAUUGCCAUUUUUUGGCAAGAGCGAUUGACACCUCAGUUAUUGGUGGUAUUCUUAAUUCCCUUUUAAAAAACGCACUUUAUUUGAGUGUCAAUGUAUUUAGCACGAAAGGGACACUACAUUUUACGUAAUCCGUAAUGGUUCACCGUUCAUUGCCCCGUACAGCUAUGUUCACUGCUAGCAAACAAACACGAAAUUUCUCUUUUUAAUUAGUUGUUAUAGUAACUUCGUGUCAUCCAAUCCCGGCGGUCUAUAAUCAUACUCGUGAUUAAAUAAAUCGAAAUUUCACUACGCGGUCGUCCGAUUUUGCUCAUCUCUUGUAUGGUUAUAUUUACAGACCGAAUUGAACUCCACUCAGUCCUAUUAGCAUUAUUAAUUAGAUAACCAUGGAGAAUGUUAGCUCGUGCACUCUGAUGUGGGUUGUUACAUAUCCUACAACAUUAGAAGUAGGAAGCUCAACAUCUCAUUCUCAUUGCACUGAUUCAGGGAGUAAUUUCUCAGUAGCCUGCGCCACAAAGAGUCUACCACGGACGGUAUUGUCCGACUAUACAUCCACGUUCUGAGUGACAAUUAAGGCUGCACCGCAAGUUAAACGCAUUCUGCAAAGUGUUGUCAAUAGAUUUAUGUUCAAACAAACUUUUGCGCACCCUAAUAAGUAUUGGAUUUUAUUCAGGUCACAGUAUGUGAGUAAUUUUGUUUCCAGGCACUAGCAUUGCUGUCUCACCCAUUCAUCUGCCAAAAGCAUCCCAACAUGGAGAGUCAGAUCAAGAAACAUUUCCUUUUCAGCGUGGAACUUCUUGCUAGAUUGGUGAGUGGUCAGACGACUCUCAAUUAUCCGCGAUUCCUAAGUUAUAUUACUUUAAGGAAGAACGAAAAGGCCACGAUGAGUCAAGACGAAUUGGACAACGAAGACUGAGCUAAAGUAAGCAAGAGAAACGGUUGUGCAAGCUCUCAAAUAAUGCAGUCACCAUUAUUUGAGUAAGUUGUCGAACGACAUGCUGCUGCAAGGCCAUAGAGUGGAGAAGUUCCUAAAAUCUUUCGCGGUCACUGAAAAUAACAGUACGAAUGUUGACAUUUCUCACAAAAAUGAUGGGAAAAAAGCCAGUGUUUCACUCCAGUUAGCCAAUGGGCUUUCAACGUGUGAGCACGAACUUUUAAUGUAUUUAAUAUACUAAUGUAAUUACUCUCUUACUCAUGGCAGUGGGUAGACGGCAUGUACAACAACUCUUUUGUUUAGCAUGUACAAUGACCUCGUUGAGUUUGCGUUUUUCGUAUUUUUCUAUUUAUUUCCUUUUAGGGUCUCAUAAACAAAGACACAGGAGCGCCACAAGAAAUGGCUGGACUCGCUACCCAUCUUCACUACCAUGAACCUGCCAAUUUUGUUUUCGUCAGCUUUUUACAGCAGGGCCUUUUUCACAAACUUUGUAAGCGCCAAAAAAGAGGUGAGUUCUAAUUCACUCACUAUUGUUUAUCGUCGAAGAAGGAGACGGUUUAAUAUACGUUUGACAUUUGCCUUCUCUUUGGCAAGUAUUCCUUAAAAAGCGCAGUUUACAUUUAUCGAGUAAUAUGUUUGCGUAUUCGUGUUAUCAUUUUAAUAUAACUGUUAUUUUGUCUUCGCAUUACCGUGAACUCUUACUCCAUUUUCUUGCGUUUUGCACUCAUGCCUAAAUAGCUAGGCUGUCGUGUCGCUGUAUGUCUUGCGUAAAGAAAAAAAGUGUAUGAUAAUGGCCCCUGACGUUUCCUACACCCUAGUAAGUGAUCUAGUUACUGUGCAUCUAUUGCAAUUUUUAAUUCAUUAACGCCUGCGUCGCAAGUGGAGGUUGGGUGCCCAUGGGCCAGGGGGCUACAACCGCAAUACACCCCAAGGCGGAAGAACACCCACAGGCCUACCAACCCGCAACACAGCCACGAGCCCCCCCCCCCACUAUAGCACCCGUCACACUGAGGCCAGAAGCCCAGUGGAAGUAAAAUGAGCUAACCCCUGAAGGAAUAAAUAACUAAAAAAAUAAAUAAGAAAGAAAGCGGAGGGAGGGAGGGGAACCAAGAGAAACGCAACGCUACUGGAACGCAACGCCACGCCACGCCAGGCUAACAAAGCUCCGAGUACAACGCAGGAACAACGUAGGCACACGGCCUCCGCAUGCGCCAAAGCGACAUACCGCUGGACAGGAAUCUGCCCCCAAGCUCACGAACAAUGGUAAACGCUACAAACGCAAACAUAGUCACGCACAACGCUACAGACGACCAACGCGCUAGCAAAGAAUGCCAAAAACACCCGAGACCAUAGCUCCUAGUCGUUAACUACAUUAAAUAUGAUUUAAUAGUAUUAAAUGUAACCAAGAUAUCAGUCUGUAUUGUCGGAACCAAAAAAAAGAAAGCGAAGCAAUAAAGCGGUAAUGACAAUUUUGCACGGCGUACUAUACUUAGCCUGCGAAAAGAUCCGUUUCUCCUCGCUCUUCGCCGCUGAAGACGUUUCGCUCGUCCCCAGCGGCGAAGAGCGAGGAGAAACAGAUCUUUUCGCAAGCUAUACUAUGCUAAAUAAAAAGUUUACAGAGGCAAUUUACGAAUUAAAGACUUAUCAGUUUAAAACGCCUAUUCUGGGUUUUAAUUUUACUUCUUGCCUUUUUUUUUCGGCAACAGGAGCAUUUUCCGAAGACGUAAUGAGGACAAUGGUGCUUGUUCUUAACCACUUGUUUGCCAGACGAUUCCUACACGCUAAUUUUGUGCGAACAACUGAAAAGUGCCCUUCUUCGAAAGUAAGCUUCCUUUUCCCUUUACCCAUAUUAAAUCGCUAUUUUUCUCAAGGCAGUACAGAGAAAAAAAAUAUUCCCAUUAAAUCGCAUGGUGAAAAAAAAUGAGAUCGGUCGAUAAAUUACUGUGACAAUGAACCCUAAUCUUUUGGGGAGACGCCAGGAAGUAAUCGGCUCCUGGAGACGCCCAAUGUGGAUGGAUGGCAUUAUAUGUAACUUUUGUGUUCUAUAUCCUUGUCUUAGGUUAUUUUAGAGGAUCUACCAGACGAUUUCGCCCAGGGUCUUCAACAAUACAAUGAGAAGGUUACCAGUGUCUUCAGUCAGUAUCUUACCACAGUGGCCGCUGAAGUUGAAAACGAGCAAGGCGAAGAAAAGAAACUUCCAUUGUCCGGAAUUGGUAAGCAUUACAAAACAUUUCUUUGUACGAAGGAAAAUGCAAAAUUUUGUCAGACACUCACUUAUGGAGAUCUCACAUGACGUAAAACCAUCGCAUACCCAGCGUCACUUGCGGAAUAUUUAGCCUCCUGUUUUAUCUGAUUUCGAAUCCUUGUCGAAUACUUUAAUUUCCUUUUCUCGACGAACCAACUUCAAGGUUAGGCUGUCUCAAAUGUCUAUGUUACUAGGCAGGCAAAGAAAUCUCAAAAAGUCAAAUCAGUGUUUUACUUCAUCGGUCGAAAGUCAUUUUGAAUGUAUGGGUGAAUGUUUUGCCUCAUCAGGCAAAUUCACAAAGACUAAGUAACCUUUCAUAAUGCGCUCUUCAUUCCACCGUAAUAAUUGCGGCCUCAUUAACCGUAACCUAAUUCUCUUUAGAAGUUCAUUCGAUUGUUGCUCAUAUUACAAGGUCCAUCAUCCUUUUUAAGGCCUGUAUUCACUUUCACAUUGAAACUUCUAGAUGCUAGUAGUUACAAACAUCUAGCAGGCUGCUCACGCCGCUGACCAAAUAAAGGAAAAAUGACAGAUGUUGUUAUUUUAAAGUUUAAAGUAACAGGUUCUUGACGGGCAUUGUGGGAUAAGUAGAUAAAUUUUAUCGUCAAUAUUUUUUUGACGGAAUAAUUUUGUCACCGAUCGAUUUAAGGAAAGCUGCUCUCAGCUGAUAAAACGUAACUUUGAAAGAAAUAACCACUAAAUUAAACACGCUUGCUCGUUCUAACCGUUGUGUUCUCAAGGGGUAGAACACAUGGAAGGGAGUAGGGUGCGUACGCCUUCUUUGCUAGACUUGACCACAACAACGUUUUAGCUACUACGAACUGUUUCUAAUAAGUUUUAGCUAUAGCUUACUGGAAAGAAAAAGCCUUGUUAUGCAAGGUGUUUCAAAGGAGUAAUAUUCCGACUGUGUUCCACUGACAUGUCGUUAUAUGUCCCUUUUCUGUUGCAGAAUUUCCCACCCAGUCAAGCAUAAAGGGUGUCGCAGAACAGUUUUCUGGUACCAUUCACAACCUUGUUCGUCUGUCUGUACCAUACUCUGCUUGUUCUUCAUUCGCCGCCUUAUCAGGAAAUUCAGAUUUAGAGAUGAGCUCUGGCGGUCAGGAAGUUACAGCAGCUGCGGCUGCAAUCGGUCAGGAAAGAAACGAAAACAGUGAUGGUAGAUUUUAUUUCAUGUUUCUUGUUUACUCUGUUACGGAUUUUUAUCAGUAAUACAGGAAAAUUCCAGUUUAUUGUAGUGGCUCUAUUUUUUGCUCUUUUUUAAUCGUUGGGUGUACUGCAAUUCCUAGUUUCACACACUAGCACGUCUCGAGCUAAUGCCUAAAAAUACUCCCUUAUUUAACUCGCCCACUUAUUGCAACCUUUUUGUGAAUUCGAGACCUAAGAAAAGAAAACAACUUUAUUAAUUCUUAAUUUCUCGGGUCUUUAUUUUUCCGCGUUUAUACUACUACAUGAGAAAUUUCUGCAAUUUGAUUGGCUUAGAACGGUGGUAUUUCAGCAUAAUUUGAAAUACCUACAUGUGAAAAUUACAAACCUUUUGUGGGUAGUAGUAUAAACAAAAAAUAGCAUGAUUUGUAUGUGAUAUUUGGCAUAAAUACCACUCGCGAUAUUUCAAAAUUGUCUCAAAUUUCACUCGCCUAACGGCUCGUGAAAUAACGUAUAACAAUUUCGAAAUAUCACUCGUGGUAUUUAUGCCAAAUAUCACUACAAAUCAUGCUAUUACCUAUACUAAUUUCUCGCGAUGGUUAAAAAAAAGGCGAAAUUAAAGACCGGCGAACAAUGAUCCUCGCGAAAUUUGAACAUGAUUUAAUACCUAUAUAGAAAAAACAAUUCAAAUCAGAAAAAAGAUUAAAACAGGUAAUAACUACAACAACAUUGUACAGCAUACCAAAAAUGUUUUUCACCUGUUCUGGCGAAGACAUUUAGUGUAGAAAAUUCCAAAACGAAGAGCAAAAAUUAAGAAAACGAAACGAAUAUUUCGUCCGAAUCACUCAGACUUCAUCAGCGUUGUGAAAGAAAACCCUACCUGAAUUGGGACGAGGGACUGGACCUACAAGUAAUUUACAAUCCUCUCUUGGGAAUUCGUCAGUAACUUUUCUGCUACGCAACCUAUCACUUUAAAACGCUGACGAAGUCCGAAUGAUACGGCCGUAAUAUUGUUUUCGUUUUCUUAAUUUUUGCUCCGAGUUUGGAAUUUUCUUAGCUAUAUGUACAGGAUAUGUAAUGACAAAUACACAAAUUAAUGACUAGUUUUACUGAUUAGUUCCAUUUUGUAUCUUCUCUUUGAACAAAAUAAAGUCAAGAACGCUUGGCUCCCGAAAUGUAAUGCCCCUUUUUUCAUUUUUGUCCGUUGAAAUCGCGAAAGUAAAACCCCGCGAAAUCAAAUACCAAUAAAGUAUCAGACCGUUUUCACUCACGUGGCCGGCUUCUAUGCUAAUUUAUUGAAACGAAAGAAAGUUCUUUACAUUAGAAAAGAGUUCAUUUCCCACAGGUUUGUCUUGGUACACCAACGUGGCCGCCGUUUCAUUGUUUUAGAACACCAAUAUGGCCGCCGUGAUGUCAUGUGAAAAUGCUCUGUACCGCUGAGUGACUAAAGGUACGGAAAAACGGGCAACAACAAACAUGUAACUUGUUUUACAACACUGCAGUGAAACGAGUUGCGAAGCAACGUUGCGCGUCUUUCCACCCUCAUCAAAUAUGUCUUGCACCAAAUCAGGUUGUUGACAGGUCUGAACGUGGGUGGUAAAACGUGCAACAUCGAUUUUCAACUCACGUUUUGCAGCAAUGUUGCAAAACAAGUUGUAUGUUUUUUGUUGCCCGUUUUUUCGUACCUUAACUGAAUUUUAUAUUGUCUCAAAAGGUGAGAGCGGAGGGAGUUUGAGAAGGAAGAAAAAAAAGAAAGGAAAACAGAAGAAAAUUCACGACAACGUAGUAGGUCGCCGACAGCCAAUUGACGAUUUGUUACAGGUGAAAACUAAUUUUUGUUGUCGAACAGUUCGCUAGAAUUCUUAUGUUCUUCCACCGGAAAGUUAACAAAAUGACGGCAUACAUCACACGCAGUAAACGAAACUGAUUACAAGAAACAAAAAGAGGAGCAAUCCGUCGAGCGCCGUCUUGAAUUUUGUAGCAUGAAAGCAAGGCUUUACAGACGACUUGAAACAAUGAAACCUUACGGUCUCACAUACAGUACUACACACUGACCAAUGAACUUUAUGGACGGUAAUGCUGUUGUCACAUUUCUCUCAGAUUAUUCGUCAAGGUGUUUACACAGACAUGAAUGUGGUGCCCAUUCUUCCGCCGAAGAAGUAUGAUUCGUCAGGACGGGUUCUUCGUCUGAAUUCUUUUGCUUUAGAUUUUUACAAGCAUGGGUCCGGUGUAGCCAUUGUGGAAGAAAAUGGGUGAGUAUUUAGGCUCGGUUAUCAGCCACUGUUCAGGAGAAUGAGACCGAACUCAUACCGAACUUUCUUAGACUUCUUAGGGCUUCGUCAUGCGCCCCUCCUCCAGGACACGUGACGAAGCUCUAAGAACAUCCAGGUUGGAGGGGAGGGAGACGGUUGAAAUCGAGCCAAGUGAUGAUCGACAGUAUUUUGAAAAUUUUGUUUUGGCCCCUGAUUUCUAGCCUGGUACUUAAAGUAGACUUUUCACAGUCCCUCGAUUUUCUUUAACUCGAACAGUGGAAAGAAGCCAAUGAACGUACAUUCAACAAAUGAAAAUAGGAGAAAAUAGAGGAUUUUAAACAGCACCCCAAUUCGGUAGCCUGAGAAAACAGCCGACCUUUUGCGACGCUGCCACUGGUUUCCCUGCGUUGUCAUGACUUCAUUUCGCGAAGAAAUUGGUGUUGGCGUCGGGAAAAGUCGUCUGUUGUCUCAGGCUACCGAAUGAACACCCUGUUAUGGUGUAUUUUAAUUUCCACACGAUCGUGAGGGAAUCCCCGUAAUAACGUGACAUCGAGCCACAGGUGGCUUAAGUGUAACAUUAGACAUUGACUUAACUAAUUAAAAAGUGCAAAGAAUGAUACUGUUUUUCUGACCUAAUAGUAUGACUUUUAGGCUUAAUGAUGUUGUCGUUCAAGGAUUAUCUGAAGGAAAAAUGUCAAAGUCAGGAAAGUUCUAAAAAUAAACAUUUCACCGUGCAACUGAGAUGCAAGGUAGCCAUCUUAAACAGGUUUCACUUAUACUGUAACAUGUUUAAUUAUUUGCUAUUACGUUGUAGAAUCAAAGCAGGCGAAGUCUUCGUUGUACUAAAGGACUUCUGUCUUACAGUUAAAUCAAUCAGGUGCGUUUCCUUAAUUUAGAUUGCCCCCUUGCUUAAGUUUGUAUUUUGGAAGGGAAGCACGGGAGACAAUGCGAGCAGAGCACGUGACAUCAUCACGGAGUCAUUAAUUAGAAGUAGUGCAUUAGUUUCAAACAAGUGGUGAUGUCCAGGGUGGUGAAUUCAGGGACUAAAUAGUGAUGAAUUUGAUGACUACAACAGAAAGGAAAUUUAUUUCUGAAAGAAAUAAAUGGUUUUAUGCUUAAUGUGAUUGAUUAAUGUGUCAUUUCUCCAGUUACUGUAACUUUAAACACGAAUGCUUUCGAUGUGGAUCUCAUCAUCCAGCCAACCAAUGCCACUUUUCCAAGCAACAGGCAAAUUCCACCAAAGACAAAUGCAAUUAAGACAAUUGUGGCUAAAUUGAUGAUGGGUAGUACUAAGCGUGCCUCACGAUAACAAAGGUGACCUCUCCCUAACCCCCCAAGUUUGAGUCGACGCUUUCUUCUCAUCUUAUCUAUGAAUCGCCUUGCCCCAUGUAAGGGAAUCUAAGACAUUCUUGUAUUCUGGAUUCCACGCCGCAGAUUCCAGGUACUGGAUUCCAGUCUUUGAUAGUGGAACUUGGAUUCUGGAUUCCAAUCGUUACUGGGAUUCCGGACUCCUCGAACUGCUUUGCGGAUUCCACAAACAAAAUUUCCCUGGAUCCCAGAUUCCACAAGCAAAAUAUUUCCCUGAUUCCGAAAUCUCAAAUCCCUUACAUUGGGCGAAACUCCUACUCUCUGCGCCAUUCUUGGCCGAAAUAUUUUGACUGAACGUGGUUUACUGUGGUCAAGUAAGGACACAUCGGAGGACAUGCCUAUGAAACAAGCUACCCGAAACGAAAAUCCAGUAUCUUCUUUCCUGUUUACCUAUAUGCAUUGCAUGGGUGCUUUGGCGGUUUAAUAGCGAGUUACAGCUAUACAGGUCCGCCAAAAAGGAAAGAAAGAAAAAAAAUUGUGAGACUCUCUUGGGGGGGAGGGGGUGGGGUACGUAUUUCCCGCAUGGUCUGAAUUUCAAAACUGAAUUUCAGCUGUCCUUUGUCGCUGUUUCAUAGCCAUGCCACUUGUCGGUCUCAGUGUUCUGUGCUUGCGCUUUUUUUACAUAUCAUCGUUUGAGAUGGAUUAAACUUACAAAACUUUUUUAAUUUCAAAAAUCAGUUUUCAAAUAAAUGUUCUGUUUUUCAGUUGUUCACUUCAGGAGUGGGGACCUCGAAACGACGAUGUGGUGCUUGCUUUUCAACAGCUAGCUCAAAAGUUUGGAGAGAAGUUCAAAAAAGAGUUUGGUAAAGAGAUUUGAACAGAUUAUUAAAGUAUGAAAAAGUAAGGAAAUCAAACGAAUCAAAAAUCAUAAUUCACAAUGUGAACUGUUUUCAAAACGUUAGUAAAACAGGAGUAGCCUUUAAUACAUACUGAAAGAGAGGUGCAAUUUCAAAGCGAAAGGCGAAAAAUAUUUUGCGAUAAAUUCCAAGCGGAACUUCACUUAGUCUUAUUCGCAGCCGUUCUUUGUGUCUGGUACAAAUAAAGGCUGCGAGGGACACAAGCUCAUCGGGUUCCACAAUUAACCUAUUACCCAAAGAAAGUUAAGGAUAAUAUAACGAAAAAUUUCUUUACGUUGCCGGAUAAUUUUGGAACAUAGAUCUUUCAGUGAAAUACGUUUAUGACAACGGCAUCGUAAUUUAUUUAUUCUAUAAUUUGCACCUUUUCCUCAAAGAUGAAGAGGUGUUACGAGUAAUAAAUCAAUGGAAGUUUGAUCGAAAGAAUCAGUAAGAAUUUAAAUAAAAGAAACCGCGUCGAACAGCGAAAAAUGAAAAAA